AUGACAUCAGCCUCGGUUAUACUGGUUUUCUUACCGUGUUUGUGCAUCUCAGGACUACCUGUGCUGAGGCAUAACCUUGGGCUUCUAGCAGACUUGGCACUGAGGGCAUCUGUUACUCAAAUAAAUGAGCGUUCUCCCUCCUCCAACCUGUACAGGGCAACCAACCAGUCUGUUAAACAGGUGAUUCUAAUGGCUUUGUUUUCAAUCAAGCUGGUAGACUUCAAUACUUAUGACUUUGUUCUUAACUUUGGUCUAAGAGAGACAGCAUGUCUCAAACAUCAGCCGGGAUUCCCAGACAGGUGUCCUUUCAGCCUGAGACUGUUCAGAACUGUUCAGUGCUCCAGUUAUGUCCGUGUUUCUGGUGAGAUAAUUUCUCUGCUGGAUCUCAAUUGUGGACCGAAGGCAGUGAGCUCGAGCUCGGAGUCCAGCAGUGAGGAGAGGAUCCCACAGCAAGCACAAAAGGACAGGUGGAGGGUCUACACACUAGGAGUCAUCAUCUGCCAACAAAUUCUUAGCUGGGGCUGUGAUUAG